AUGGCUGACAUUGUAUUGCCACCUAACAUUCCAUGUGUAAAUUGUUAUAUGAGAAUUUUUGAUGGUCCAGACAGUAAUUCCAAAAUCUUAGCAACAAUUUGCUCUGCAACUUUAGCAGACGAAUAUACUUCUUCAACCAAUGAAUUGUAUAUUGAAUUUUACACAGCUUUUCCUUGGACAGGCAAUAGUGGAAUUGCUGCUAAUAUUUCUAUUAUCGAAAUCCCCGAAGUUCAGCAUCCUAAUGGUAAUCAUAGCAAUCAUCAUCCAGACGAUCAUAUUCCAAAUGGAUCUGGCUAUAAUCCAGCUGGAGCAAUUGCAGUUUUC